AUGCCUGUUCACGAUCAAAUCAAAACGGGAGAAGAGAAUACAGAGCAGGUAAAAAGUACAAGAAAGGAAUUUGGGAAAGUGAAGGAAACGCCACGAUCAACCACAAGAUAUCCUUUGAAUGAAGUCAUUGUAAAUAACCAUCUCAUUGAAACCACUAGGAGUAAUGAAGUAGCCAUUCAGAAGCCCAUUCAGAGGUUCCGGAGGGAAGAAAGUGACAUGACAUAUAUUAGAUUGAAAAAACGACGUGUCUAUGAUGACCGUAAGUCAAUUGAGACAGAUCGUAACCAAGAACAAAAGGUAGUGCUUGGUCGUAAUACUGACAACCUGAAAACUAACAGUAAACCAGAAAAAUGGAAAGACUUGGAUAAGGCUGAACUCAACGACAUAUCAAUGGUUGCAGAAUACUCAAGUUCUAUAUUUGAAUACCUCUAUAGGCGGGAAUUGGAGACUUUGCCUUCUCAUAAUUAUUUGUUGGAGAGAUCUUCUAAGUAUCAUAUACGCCCUUCCAUGAGAGCAAUUUUGGUUGAUUGGUUGGUGGAAGUCCAUGAGAAAUUCCAAUGUUAUCCAGAGACUUUAUUUUUAUCCAUUAACAUUAUGGAUCGUUUUCUUUCAAAAAAUAAAGUUUCAACUAAUAAACUGCAAUUGCUGGCAGUUACAUCAUUAUUUAUUGCCGCCAAAUUUGAAGAGGUACGAUUACCAAAGCUAGCAGACUACGCUUACAUUACAGAUGGUGCAGCUUCCAAAUCAGAUAUAAGAAAUGCGGAAAUGUAUAUGCUUACAUCAUUGAACUUCGAUCUUGGUUGGCCAAGUCCGAUGGGAUUUCUACGAAGGAUCUCGAAAGCAGACUCUUACCAUUUUGAGACAAGAAAUAUUGGAAAAUUUUUACUUGAAGUCGCCACAUGUUCUCAUCUUUUUGUUUCUUUAAAGCCAUCCUUACUAAGUUGCAUGGCAAUGUAUACUGCCAGGCGAAUUACUAAUACGGAUGAUAUAUUAUGGAAUGAAACAUUUAAGCAUUACAGUGGUGGGAUUGAUCCCCUCCAUGACCAAUCAUUCCAAGCACUCUGUCGAGAUUUAGUUAAAGAGGUAAGUCAUCCACAGACGAAAUUAGAAGGUUUAGCCUUGAAGUUCAAAAAACCAAUUUUUGGUUCAUUAUUUUCCAAAGUGCACCAAUGGUGUGAUAUGCAGGUUUCCGACAAUUUUAGCAAAUUAUUCACUGAAUAA